UCAUAUCCACACUCCACUCAAUCGCCAUGCUCGGUCAAUCUCUCAGGGCCUCGCGCCAGUCGCUCGUUCGUCUUGCUAAGCAGCAGUCGGCCACCACCUUCCGCCGUACUUUCGUCACUCCCACUGCCGUUCGCCAAGCCGAUCUUGUCCAGGAUCUCUACCUCCGCGAGCUCAAGUCCUACAAGGCCCCCGCCGUCAAGGCUUCCGACUCUGAGGGUCACGUCCAGAAGUUCGCCCUUCCUCAAGCCCCUGCUUCCCCCGAGGAGGCCGACAUUGCCAGCCAGCUCAGCGCAUACGAGACCCAGGAGGUCGAGGUUGAGGGUCAAGCCGAGGCUGGUGCUGCCCCCGUUGAGGACUGGUUUGAUGAGAGCGAGCUCGCCGACGAGGAGCCUGCCCACCACUGAGCU